AAAAAUCUAGAAAAGUCUCCUGAUUUCCCUCGCGCUUGUUUCGUGUUUGGAGAAUGAAGUGAGCAUAAACCCGUCGAUAGCGGUGCUACAGAAAGUUCGGAAGCUACUAGCGUACGAGGUUGAUGCAAAUUUCUGCCACAAAACAAAGCACAGUCUAUCGAACCCUGUAGAAAGUGUGGACGGUUUCCUCGUAUAAAUUGUUACCGAAUAGAGUAACUAGCGCACGGUAACCUCAAACCAUCGAUCGUACAGAUCUCCUGAGAGGCAAUUGAUUCACCGAACAGACAAACGAAUCCUUCCUUUCGUACGGCACAAUGGCCAAAUGGGGAGAAGGCGAUCCUCGCUGGAUUGUGGAGGAGCGGCCCGACGCGACAAACGUCAACAACUGGCACUGGACGGAGAAGAACGCCACACCGUGGUCGAGGGAUAAGCUGCACGCGCUGCUGGACGGUUUCGUGAUGGCCAGCAAUGGCCAGGAGUGCUCGGUCACAAAAAUCGAAAAGAUGGAGGGCGAAGCGACGGCGAACAACCGAAAAGGGAAGCUCAUAUUCUUCUACGAGUGGAACAUAGUUCUGGAGUGGAAGGGCAUGUGCAACGACGAGGAAGUAACGGGCAAGGUGACCAUUCCGAAUUUGUCCGAGGAAAACGAUGUAGACGAGGUCGAGCUGACGGUUUCCGUGGACACCUCGAAUACGGCCUCGGAGAAGCUGAAACUCUUUAUGUACAACAUUGGGCGGGACAUGCUCCGGAAACAGCUGGACACGUACAUCCGGGAUCUGAAGGCCGAUUUUGCCAAGGGGCUGAUUCUGCCCAAGAAGGACGAAGCAAACGGCACCGAGACGGUGACGGUGAAAAAGGACAAAGAAACCGUUUUUGCCAGUGGUUUCAACAGGAAGAAGAUCGAUCUCGACACCGUUAACAGCUCGGACACUUCGCCGAAGUCUGUCGGUUGCAAGAUGGAUGUGAAAACGCUAAGCACGGUCGAAAAAUUCCAGUGCCGAGCGAACGAAUUGUACGACGCCCUGACGCGUGCCGACAUGGUGACAGCCUUUACUCGAGGUUACGUGAAACAGGACCUGUUUAAGGGCGGAGACUUCGUCUACUUUGGGGGAAACAUCUCCGGAAAGUUCGAGGAGAUCGAAACAAACAAAAAAAUUGUGCAGACUUGGCGGUACAAACAAUGGCCUUCCGGACACUUCUCCACCGUCACUAUCGAACUGGAGCAGAAGGUAAACCAUACGGAACUUCAUUUGACACAAACGAUGAUUCCAGCGGCCGAGUACGAAAUGACCAGACACAACUGGCAACGCUACUACUGGGACAGCAUUCGAUCCGCGUUCGGUUUCGGCAGUUUUCUCUACUGAAUGAUGGGGCACCGCACCCCAUCUAAAUGCUCCUGCCGCUGCGCGCUUUGUUGAUCCGAAAUAAAACCGCCUCUGAUGAGACACCGCCGUGCCCCGGAUGCCGUCCCGGGUGCGGUGAGGUACAUCGCAAAUUAGCUACGUUUACAUUUCGUGUUGUCCACGCUAGGUGUUCGACCAAUUCGGUACAUAGGAUGUGUUCACAAAAGCAAACCAAUGGAAGCGCCGUUUCCGUAGCACGACUACAUGUCUUUGAUUCCGGUGACGAAAAGUAUUUGAUUUAGGAGCGCGCGACCCACUUGCUCCUGUGUUUACUUUGAACUUGUCACACACCGGAAAGAUCGGAAUCGGAUGCACCAGCGAAAUUCGAUAUGAAAACAAACGAUAAGGAAUAAACGAUAUA